AUGAAGCCGUGCCGCAUAAAUGGAAACCGAAAGUUAUUCGUUUUGGUCACUUUGAUGACCUCGGUGUGUGUCUAUACUCAAGCGGCAGCCCUGGAAGGUCGUGAUGAUCUUGAAGUUCUCUAUCCACCACAAUUUACCACAAAUCGUAUUGUGGGCGGUGAAGAUGCACCCGAAGAUUUGGCACCCUAUCAGAUCUCAUUACAAAGUUUAAAGGGUCGUCAUUUCUGUGGUGGUGCCAUUAUCGAUAAAAGUUGGGUCAUUACAGCUUCCCAUUGUGUGGCUGGUGCCAAACCCGAAAAACUCAAAGUCUUAACUGGGGCCUAUAACCUAAAGAAUCACACCGGCAAAUACUAUUAUGCCGAUCGCAUCGUUAUGCAUUGCAGUUACAAUAAUCCCGCCUAUGCCAACGAUAUUGCCCUGAUUCAUUUGAAUAGUUCCAUUGUAUUUGAUGAUCACACCAAGGCCGUAGAAUAUGACAGUGAACCGCUAAAGGAAGGUGAUGAUUUAAUUUUGACCGGUUGGGGUACCCUUUCGUUGGGUGGUGAAGUACCACAAAUGUUGCAGACCUUAACCGUGAAAUAUGUCCCUUUCAAAGAGUGUCGGGCUGCCCAUGACAACAGUACUUGGGUGGAUAUUGGCCACUUGUGUACCUUCAACGAUAAGGGUAAAGGUGCCUGUCAUGGUGAUAGUGGUGGCCCAUUGGUCCAUAAUGGUAAGCUGGUGGCUUUGGUAAAUUGGGGCCGCCCUUGUGCUAAGGGUUUCCCCGAUGCUCAUGCCAGAGUUUCGUAUUAUUAUGAUUUUAUACGCACCACCUUGAGUGGAUGUCAACGUGAACCGGAAAAGGCCAAGGAGCCAGCUAAGGAACCACCAAAGGAGCCAGAGAAAGAGGGUGAAAAGGAACCAGAGAAGGAGGGUGAAAAGGAACCAGAAAAGGAGGGUGAGAAGGAAACAGAAAAGGAGAAUGAAAAAGAAAGUGAGAAAGAAGUGGAAAAGGAGGUUGGAAAAGAAAGUCCCAUCAGCACAAGUGCUUAA